CCGAAGGGAAAGACAGAAAUGUCUUUAAAAAAACAAAAGAAAUCACAGAUCAUCAUUCCAUAAUACACUUCAGUCACCAUUAUAAUACACACACAGAGACACACACUUGAGUUUAGAACAGUGUCAGCAAAGAUUCCAAUUUUCCAACCAAUCUCUACUCUCUUUUUCUCACAACAUAUUUAUAUACCCAACCUACUCCUCUUCUUACACCAACCGGUAAGUACUGUCACUGUAUCACCGCCGGUGGUACCCAGUGAAAAAAACAGUAAAAAAGAAAAAAGAAAAAGGAAAGAGAACCCACAUUUGUCCUUCAAUUAUUUACCUACCAAGUACUAGUACUACCAACAUAUAUAUUUGAAAUUCAAUCAUCGAAAUUCAGAGUCUUUUAUUUCUCUCUCCACUAUGUGGGUAUCAGAGUAAAGUGGAAGCUGAAAUUUGCUCUGUUUUCAAGAUGCUUUGCUGCAAGAAUUCAGUACAAACUGGGCGUGGAUCGGUGCCGGUGUACUUAAAUGUAUACGAUCUAACUCCCAUGAAUGGUUAUGCUUAUUGGCUUGGUCUUGGGGUUUACCAUUCCGGUGUUCAAGUUCAUGAAGUAGAGUAUGCAUUUGGAGCUCACGAGUAUCCAACUACGGGAAUUUUCGAAGGGGAGCCGAAAAAGUGCGAGGGAUUUAUUUUCAGGAAAACAAUUUUGAUUGGAUGGACAGAGAAGACAACUGAGGAAGUAAGAGGAGUUAUGGAAGAACUUGCUGAUAAGUACAAAGGAAAUGCUUACAACCUUAUUACAAAGAAUUGCAACCAUUUUUGUAGUGAUGCUUGUGUUAAACUCACCAGCAAUCCAAUUCCCAGUUGGGUUAAUCGACUUGCAAGGAUUGUAAUUAUUGGUGUAGGUUUCUUUUGCCAUUGUAUCAUUCCCAUGAGCUUAAAGUCUACUAAAGUACGCCACCAUCGGAUGGAGGACAAGACAAGUGAAGGGGACAGCAAGAAACCUCAGAGCAGCUCGAAUAACCCAACUCUGUCUUCAAAUCCAUCAGGUGAAGGGAACAAAAAACCUCGGAGCAGCUCGAAAAACCCGACUCCGUCUUCAAAUACAUCAGGUGAAGGGGACAACAAGAAGAAACCUCAGAGCAGCUCGAAUAAGCCAACUCCAUUUUCAAAUCCUUCAACAGCUUCUUCGCAAUCUCCUCCAAUUGCCAAAUCCACAAGUAGUAAAAAAACCAGAAGCCCGCUACCUCCAUCUUCGCCGUUGACAUCAGAUUCAAAUGCAUCAUAAAAUUUCUUGAUGCAGAAAGGCCAUGCUUCAUUUGAUUCACUUUUAUUCUUUUGCCCGUUCCUUCAUAGGGCUAACAACCACUCGAGUAGCCUUUCAAAAGUUCAAAUAUUGUAUAUGCAAAUGCUUUCAGUGAAAUGAAAAUCUAAAAUAUGCAGCAACAAGCAAA